CGGGGCCUUUAACAGCGAAAAUAACGCAGUGGAGGGGGAGAACCUGCUGCUCCCCGCGGGGGGGGUUGUGCUCCCCCCUCCGGGCAGGGCUGGGGGCUCUGCGCCCUCCGGGCGGGGAGGAACGGGGAGUUGGUCCCUUUUUGGAGGGGGAGCGGUUGCAGGCACUGCCUGGGGCCUCGCCGUGCUGCUCAGUGCCUUGUUCAGCAGCCCCAGCCCUUCAGGACCGUGUCCUCGAUACUCUUCCAUUUGUCAAGAUGGAGAGCUCAGAUUCUAGUGAUAAAGGAAAUAUCGAUCAAUCCGAAGCACGUCAGAGUCAGCUAGAUCGGUUAGAUCGAGAAGAAGCUUUCUAUCAGUUUGUAAACAACCUGAGUGAAGAGGACUACAGGCUUAUGAGAGAUAACAAUUUGCUAGGAACACCAGGUGAAAUUACUGAAGAAGAGUUGCUGAGAAGGCUACACCAAGUUAAAGAAGGUCCGCCACAGCAAAACAGUGAUGAGAAUAGAGGUGCAGAGUCCGCAGAAGAUGUUUCAAAUGGAGAUUCUAUAAUAGACUGGCUUAAUUCAGUCCGACAGACUGGAAAUACUACACGAAGUGGGCAACGAGGAAACCAAUCUUGGAGAGCAGUGAGCCGGACUAACCCAAAUAGUGGUGACUUCAGAUUCAGUUUGGAAAUAAAUGUCAACCGUAAUAAUGGGAACACAAAUCCGGAAACUGAGAAUGAGCCAUCUGUAGAGCCUUCCAGUGGGGAGGAUUUGGAAAACAGCCAAAGUGACUCUGAAAUUCCAAGGUCUGAAUCACCGUCUGUAAGGCAGCCUGGAUCAGAAAGGGGCACUUCAGAGGAGCUAACAACUGAGGAAGCCUCUCCUCCUAGAGGGCAGAGGAGAGCGAGAAGUAGGAGCCCAGAACAGCGGAGGACACGGGCUAGGACUGAUAGAAGUAGGUCACCUAUUAAUCCAGUGAGUGAGGCUACUCGCAGGUCUCAUCACAAUACAUCAUCUCAAACGCUUGACCAUUCCUCGGUGAGUGAAGCUGAGGGAAGCUCUAGAACUAGGCAGCAUGUGACAUUAAGGCAGCAUACAGUGGGGACUGAGAUGCCAAGUGAAAACGCAGUUCUGUUUUCAGCCCCUGAAACAAGACCUGUUCCUCAAGCAGCAGGUUCUUCAGAAACUAAUGGUGCCAGUGAGUCUGCAACUCCUGGGCAGAGGCCUCCUACCAUAGUGCUUGAUCUUCAGGUGAGAAGAGUUCGUCCCGGAGAGUAUCGGCAAAGGGACAGCAUAGCCAACAGAACUCGGUCCCGGUCCCAGACCCCUAACAACACGGUCACUUACGAGAGCGAACGGGGAGGGUUUAGGCGCACGUUUUCACGUUCAGAACGGGCUGGAGUGAGAACUUACGUCAGUACCAUUAGGAUUCCUAUUCGUAGGAUCUUAAACACAGGCUUGAGCGAGACUACAUCAGUUGCUAUUCAGACUAUGCUGAGGCAGAUAAUGACAGGCUUUGGAGAGCUGAGUUACUUUAUGUAUAGUGAUAGUGAUGCAGAUCCUAGUGGCCCAACUCCAAAUCAGAACGUGGAUGCUUCCGAGCCACAGAAUGGAGGUGGUGGUAGUUCAAGCAAUGAAAGUACGGAUGUUAGCUCAGGGGAGGUGUACGAAGGUGGUAAUGAAGGUGGUUCAACAUCUGGUGCCAGACGGGAAGGUCGCAAUACAAGAGGAUCGGUCACGUUUGAAGAAAGUGGUUCUCUACCAUUCCUUAGCCUAGCACAAUUUUUCCUACUAAAUGAAGAUGAUGAUGACCAACCAAGAGGACUCACCAAAGAACAAAUUGACAACCUAGCAAUGAGGAAUUUUGGUGAGAGCGAUGCUCUGAAAACCUGUAGCGUGUGUAUUACAGAGUACACCGAAGGCAACAAGCUUCGGAAACUGCCUUGUUCUCACGAGUAUCAUGUCCACUGCAUCGAUCGCUGGUUAUCAGAAAAUUCCACUUGUCCCAUUUGUCGCAGAGCAGUCUUAGCGUCUGGUAACAGAGAGAGUGUUGUCUAAAUGAGAUCUGAAUUUAUGGCCGAGCAGCUAGUGUAAUAGUGAUGGGCAAAGAAGUCACUUCCUUUAUGGCCACUUUUUGAGUGGUACCUCAUUGUAUAGUAAUGACUUGGAGUGAAUCUUCCCUCAUGAGAGCAUUUUCUCUGAAUUCAAGCUUCUAAAAUUGUAAAAUUAAUUAGGGGUUUCGAGAUCUAGCCAGUUUGUGUGAUUAAAUUUCACUUGUCCAAAGACGCCUAUCCAUUUAAAAAUACUUUUUUCUUUAUGAAGUUCUAGCCCCUUCCUUCCCUCAGUCCAAUAAACAUUUUGUCCUAAAGAUUGUGCUUAUGAGGAAUCUGAGAAGUCAUCCCAGCUUAAUGUACAUGAGUGGUAGAUGAUUUUUUGCAAAAAAUCCAACUGACUGAAAAAAAAAACACGAAUUUAAUUGCACACUUGAACAUACUUUUAAUUUUCAUACUGGGUUAAUAUUGGACAUGUCUGUGUAAAUAACACUAAUGUUAGCCCUUUCCCCAUCACUAUGGCACGCUGUAGGAUGAGCUGUUAGCUUAAUUGGGAUAUUUAUCUUGUUGUGGAAAUAUAAGAAUUGCCUAUGCUUGUUUAAAUAAAAAAAAAUCUGUUUUAAAAUUGUAAAGCUUUUUUGUAGAAGCUCAGUACUUUUCCAAUGCACUGUUGUACUAACGCAUUAAGAAUUAAAAUUGUACCAUGCUUAGAAAUCGAGAAUGCUUUUCAUACAAAACCCACCACACAGAGAGCAAACUAAAUACAAGAGAGCUGCUUUUGUAACUGUGUGCCUGUCAAGAGCAGUGCAUAUCUGUACUAUUUAUGUGAAAAGCUACUGUAAUAUAAAAACAGUUGAAUUAGACAUCUUAAUUGCAUUUAAAAAAUGGAAAUUAAAUGUUUAUAAUUGCAGUGUUUUGGCUCAGUAAUGCCACCCAAAAAGAUGAUAAAAAUUAGAAACUGUU